ACCGACGAUAUUCUUGGCUACUGUAUUCAGUUUUCUGAUCACCAAUCAAAACUAAACAACUCCCACACAACCCAAAAAAAAAACUAAAAUGGCCAAAUUCAUCAUUGUCUUGUGCGCUUUGGUUGCCUGCGCUGCUGCUAAGCCCGGUGUUGUCGCCCCAUUGGCAUACACUGCUCCCGUAGCUGCCGCCUACACCGCCCCAGUAGCUGCUGCUUAUGCCGCUCCUUAUGCUGCUGCCUAUGCCGCUCCUUAUGCUGCCGCCUACACCGCUGCUGCUUACACUGCUCCCGUUGCCGCUCCAUUGGCCUACACUGCUCCCGCUGCCGUUGCUGCUCCUUUAGCUUAUGCUAACGCUCCUUUGGAUGCCGCUUACGCCAGCAGCCGUGUUGACAUCAAACAAAACUAUAAUGCCGCUGUUGUCCCUGCCACCUAUGCUGCCGCUCCUGUUGCCGCUGCCGUUGCUCCAGUUGCUGCCCCAGUUGCCCCACUUAAAUACACCGCUGCCCCCGUUCUGUUGUAA